GUCAAUUUCAAAAUGGCGGCGGCUGGCCGGAGUUGGGGACCGCUGGUGGGCGCCGUGGACCAAGGCACGAGCAGCACACGGUUUCUGAUCUUUGCCAGUAACUCUGCAGAGCUGUUGACCUACCAUCAGACAGAGAUCCACUCUGUUCUGCCUAAAGAAGGAUGGGUGGAGCAGGACCCAAUGGAGAUCCUGGCCUCGGUGUACGAGUGUAUUGAGAAGGCUGUAGCUAACACAAGAGACCUGGGCAUCGAUGUCAAUGAUAUAAAAGCCAUUGGUAUUACCAACCAAAGAGAGACCACAGUAGUGUGGGACAAGCAUACAGGAGAGCCACUGCACAAUGCUAUAGUGUGGCUGGACCUGCGUACAGCAGAGACAGUCAACAGGCUGAUAGACAGCACACCACGCAAGAACAAGGAACACCUGAAGCCAUUAUGUGGACUUCCCCUGGCGACCUACUUCAGUGCAGUGAAACUGCGCUGGCUGCUGGACAACAGUGAGAAGGUGGCCCAGGCAGUGAGGGAGGGCAGGGCCAUGUUCGGGACGGUCGACUCCUGGCUACUCUGGAACUUGACAGGAGGGGUGAAUGGAGGUGUCCAUGUGACAGAUGUAACCAAUGCCAGCAGGACCAUGCUGCUGAACAUACACACUCAGCAGUGGGACGCAAGUCUCUGCAAGUUCUUCUCCCUUCCAAUGACGAUCCUUCCCGAGAUCAAGAGUUCGUCAGAGAUCUAUGGCUACAUGGUGCAGGGUGUGCUGAAGGGCCUGCCUAUCUCUGGGUGUCUGGGUGACCAGUCAGCAGCCCUGGUGGGACAGUGCUGUUUCACACGAGGCAGUGCCAAAAACACAUAUGGCACAGGGUGUUUUCUCCUGUACAACACAGGGACUGAGCCCAUUCCAUCAGAACAUGGACUGCUGACAACCAUUGCUUACAAACUGGGGAAGGACAAGCCAACUUUCUAUGCACUAGAGGGUUCUGUGGCCAUCGCAGGAGAGUGUGUGAAGUGGCUGAGAGACAACCUGGGCAUCAUCCAAAAGUCCUCUGACAUUGAGGCCCUUGCUGCCACAGUGCCUGACACGGCAGGGACUCACUUUGUACCAGCCUUCUCAGGACUGUUUGCUCCAUACUGGCAGUCUGAUGCUAGAGGCAUCAUCUGUGGACUG